AUGCCCUACCCUCACUCUGCCCCUGCCGCGGCCCGGGGCCUCACCGCAGCCCCUGCCGCAGUGGCCCCCCGGAUCCGGAGCGCGGUGCCUCCCACCAUUGAGCAGGGGACAGAGGGCGCAGGGCCCCUGGUGCACAGGGCUGGGGAGCUGGUGACCAUGGCGUGCCCUGUCCGGGGCUCCCCGCCCAUCCACAUGAGCUGGCUCAAGGACGGCCUGCCCCUCCCGCUCUCCCAGCGCACCCACCUCCACGGCUCCGGCCGCAUCCUCAGGAUUUCCCAGGUGCAGUUGGCAGAUGCCGGCGUCUUCACCUGUGUGGCUGCGAGCCCCGCUGGCGUGGCCGACAGGAACUUCACCUUGCAGGUGCACGUGCCCCCUGCCCUGGAGCCGGCGGAGUUCCAGAACAAUGUGGCAGUGGUCCGUGGCUCCCCGGUGGUCCUCCCCUGUGAAGCCCAGGGCAGCCCCCUGCCCCUAGUGUCAUGGAUGAAGGACGGGGAGCCCCUGUUCUUCCAGAGUCUUGAACUGGGGCCGGGCCUGCAGCUGGAGACGGCGGGAGUUGGGGACUCGGGGACCUACUCCUGCGUGGCCGUGAGCGAGGCGGGGGAAGCACGGAGGCAUUUCCAGCUGACGGUGAUGGAUCCCCCCCACAUCGAGGACUCGGGCCAGCCUGCAGAGCUGUCGUUGACCCCUGGUGCCCCCUUGGAGCUUCGCUGUGAUGCCCGGGGCACCCCCUUGCCCAACAUCACCUGGCAUAAGGACGGGCAGGCCCUGAACAGCCAGGAGGACAGCAGAGGGACUGGGCAGCGGCUCCGGGUGGAGGCUGUGCAGGUGGGCGAUGAUGGGCUGUACACUUGCCUGGCCCGCAACCCUGCCGGUGAAAUCGAGAAGAGCUUCCGGGUCAGGGUUCAAGCCCCUCCAAACGUUAUUGGGCCCCGAGGCCCCCGCUCUGUCGUUGGCCUGGCCCCAGGGCAGCUGGUGCUGGAGUGCUCCGUGGAGGCGGAUCCCGCCCCCGAGAUUGAGUGGCACCGAGAUGGCAUCCUGCUGCAGGUGGCGGUGCCCUCCAUCCAGCCGGGACCACCAGCAGUGAACGCCUCCGUGAACCAGACGGUCCUGCUGCCCUGCCAGGCGGAGGGGGCCCCGCCACCCCUCAUGAGCUGGCGGAAGGACGGGGCCCCCCUGGACCUUGGGAGCCCCAGAUUGCACAUUCUGCCCGAGGGUUCCCUGAGGAUCCAGCCAGUCCUUGCCCAGGACUCUGGCCACUACCUCUGCCUGGCGUCCAACUCUGCAGGCUCCGAUCGCCAGGCCCGUGACCUCCGCGUCUUCGAGCCUCCCGCCAUCGCCCCCAGCCCCUCCAACCUGACCCUGACAGCCCACACCCCCGCCUCGCUGCCCUGCGAGGCCAGGGGCUCCCCCAAGCCCCUCGUGGCCUGGUGGAAGGACGGACAGAAGCUCCUGCCCUCCAAUGCCCUACUCCUCGCAGCCCCCGGCCCCCAGGACGCAGCCCAGUUUGAAUGUGUGGUGAGCAAUGAGGUGGGAGAGGCCCGCAGGCGGUACCAGGUGACCAUCCACGUGCCCCCCACCAUCGCCGACGACCAGACGGACUUCACUGUGACCCAGAUGGCCCCCGUGGUCCUCACGUGCCACAGCUCCGGCGUGCCCGCCCCCACGGUGUCCUGGAGCAAGGCAGGCCUCCCCCUGGGGGCCCGGGGGAGUGGCUAUCGUGUUUCGCCUUCGGGCGCCCUGGAGAUCGGGCAGGCCCUCCCCAUCCACGCCGGCCGCUACACCUGCACGGCCCAGAACUCCGCAGGCGUGGCCCGCAAGCACGUGGCCCUGACCGUGCAAGCCUCGCCCGUGGUGAAGCCAUUGCCCAGCGCGGUCCGGGCCCUGGUGGAGGAGGAGGUGCUGCUGCCUUGCGCGGUCUGGGGUGUCCCCCGGCCCAGCAUCACCUGGCAGAAGGAGGGGCUCAGCAUUCCUGAGGGAAGGGAUACCCAGGUCCUACCCAGUGGACAGCUGCGGAUCACCCACGCCCGCCCAGAGGACGCCGGGAACUACUUUUGCAUCGCCCAGAACAGCGCGGGCAGUGCCGUGGGCAGAACUCGGCUGGUGGUGCAAGUUCCUCCCGUGAUCGAGACCGGCCUCCCCGACCUGGCCACCACUGAAGGCUCCCACGCCCUCCUGCCCUGCACCGCCCGGGGCAGCCCUGAGCCAGACAUCACCUGGGAAAAGGACGGCCAGCCUGUGUCCGGAGCUGAGGGCAAGUUCAGCAUCCAGCCAUCCGGGCAGCUGCUGGUGAGGAAUUCGGAGAGCCAGGAUGCCGGUACCUACACCUGCACAGCCGAGAACACCGUGGGCCGCGCCCGCCGCCGGGUGCACCUCACCAUCCUGGCGCUGCCCGUCUUCACCACCCUGCCUGGGGACCGCAGCCUGCGCCCCGGGGACAGGCUGUGGCUUCGCUGUGCGGCCCGGGGCAGCCCUACGCCCCGCAUUGGCUGGACCGUCAACGACCGGCCAGUCACAGAGGGCGUGUCCGAACUGGAUGGGGGCAGCACGCUGCAGAGGGUGGCGGUCAGCAGGGAGGACAGCGGGACCUACGUCUGCUGGGCUGAGAACAGAGUGGGCCGCGUGCAGGCUGUCAGCUUCGUCCACGUGAAGGAGGCUCCUGUCCUACAAGGAGAAGCCUUCUCCUACCUGGUGGAACCUGUGGGGGGCAGCCUGCGCCUGGACUGUGUGGUCCACGGAGACCCGGCGCCUGACAUCCACUGGAUCAAAGACGGCCUUCUGCUGCGGGGCAGCCGACUCCGGCACCAGCUGCAGAACGGCUCGCUGACCAUCCGCAGGACGGAGGCAAGGAGGGGCCUGGCGCUCUAG